AUGGUGCUCACAGAGCAUAGCUCCAACACAGCUGUCCCCAAGAAAGAACCGCAGGCCCGUCGGAAGAGGAAGUCUCGUCCCCAGGGCCUCCCCUCUCCAGCGCUAUGCUGUGCGUGUGGACUGUGCAUUAUGCUAGCGGGCAUUAACAUCACCCUUGUGGGUGCCUUUGCUUUUAGCACAUUGGUGCCGGCCUCUAACCCUCCCAUUGUCAUAGGGCCUAUACUACUCCUGGUUGCGUUCUCCUUCUUUGGUGCUUGCUGCGUGUGUAGCCGCCUGCCACCUGCCCAGAGCUCACGUCGAUCUAAGGGUGGCGGUGGCCGGCUGGGAUUUAUGGGUAGAGGGGUUGGUUCUGGGAGUGGGCUAGGGGGCGGGGCAGCGUUUGAAAUCGAGACGAGCGAGCACACCAUGCAGGACACCACGGCCGUCCAGCUGAGCCCCACCAACUCGCCCAGCUCCUCGCACGGGUCAAGCCCAGAGCAGGAGUCCCUGGCCACGGCCGCUAACGCCACAGUACCAGCCCCGGACUACGGACCAGUGCAGAGAACCUGCAAGCUCUUCACCAUGGAGGCCAAUGGGCCAAACUCCAUCCCAGCUGUGGCUUACACUGCCUCAACAGGGGGUGGAGAGGCAGUGAAACUAACCCUUCCUUCAGAUGGUGUAACCACCUAG